AUGAUCCACGAAAUCAUACUUAGCCUUAUAGGCCAAACGGGGGACAUCAUAAUUUUAGCGGAUAAAAGGAGAAAUAAAACGAAGAAGGAAAGUAACUUAAAUAUAGAUGAAUACUGCUUUGAAGUAAAUAACAACAUUCACAUUUUUCUAAACUCAGAAAUAAAAAUAAUCAACGACAUUGUACAGUUAGGUUACUACUUUUACGUGAUGAAUAUCUUCUGCUUGCUGGUUAAAAAGAACACGAUUUAUAAAAACCUAACGCACGUACACAAAUUUAACAAGUUAAGUGAAGAGAGAAAAGGAAAGAAGGGGAAAGGUGGAACGAGAGAAAGGCUGCAAAGAGAUGAAGACAUCUCCAGCACUGCAAGUUCCUCGUCAAACAGUUCCUCAUAUGAAUCAUCUUCUGACAACGAAUCGGAAGACAGUAAUCAUUUGAACAAUUCUCAUCAGAAAAGACAAUACGAAAAAAAAAAACAAAUAGAUAACUACUUUGGUGUAAUUUUAAAAAACAUCAAAAGCUUAAAUAGUGUAAGUCCGUAUGGGUACUACGCAAAUGGUAUAGGCAACGAAAUAAGUAAAUUCAUGAGGAGGUAUAUGAAAAAAAUUAGCGAGAUCGAAGAAUACAUAAAUAACAACAGCAACACCCCAUUAACACAAAUUUUAACCAUGUUAGAAAAAAAGAGAGAAGAAAUUAUCAUAAUUAUAAACAUUAUAAAAAAUUAUCUAGAAUUUCAAAAGAAGGAAGAACAAAAUGUGCUGGAAGGAGAAAGUAGAAACAAAACAAAAGAAAUUAUGGAUUACCUAUACGAAAAUUGUUUGAACGGCAAUUCACGAAUUAAAGGUAUAUAUCACAGGUAUUUCAAAAAUUUGGGGAAAAUCUUACUCCAUCAAAUAUUUUCCUGGAUACUUUAUGGCCAGCUGCUAGACCCGUAUUACGAAUUUUUUAUCCAAAAAAGGCAAUUCAUCUACUCUGAUGAUAAGAAAAUUUUUCUCUCCCCCGAAGAGUUGUACGAAAAUUUAACAUUAACCAAUGUCCAGAGCUUAAAUUUUGAAUGGAACUACUUAUUCUUUCAAUCUGUUUCAAAUUUGCCUGAUUGCUGCCUAGACAAGGUAGUUGGUCGUAAAAUCCUCUUCAUAGGGAAGUCAAUUCGCAUACUAAUUAGGAGCAAUAAAUGGAACACCAGCGAUAUUGUAAAGCUUUUCGCGAUCACCAAGAUUUUGUCCAAAGCUUUUGAUGAAGCUUCGCCAACUGCGGGGUAUGAAGAAAUUGGAAAUUUGGAGCAAGUGACCAGUCCGAUGAAGCCUUACAACGGUGUAGGAAGCGAACACGGGCUGAACAGGACAAGCGGUGUGGGUACUCGUAAUAAAGAUGAAACGAUAAAUUUGUACUGUAAAGAAAUAUUCGACAUUACUAUAGAAAAGAUAAGAAGCAUCAUAGCAUACAAGUUGUGGAAAUACAUAGUCAAGGACAUCAAUUUGAUUAAAAUUUUCGAUUUGUUUAGGGAUAUUUAUUUACUGAACAAUGGAGACUUUUAUGAUUAUUUUUUAGAAAAGUCCUGGUCUCUCAUGCAUACCCCCCCGAAUUCGAAAAAUGAAAUUCUGCUGAAAGUGCUGGCAUGGAAAAACUCAUCCCUAUCAGUAGAAGAGUACUGCAAAGCCAAGUAUGAAAAUAAAAAGGACAAAUUAAUUUUGGAGAAAUAUGAAGAUGACGUACUAUUUGGAGAGGACAACGGGGACUUAAAUGAGUCCACCUUUUUUAAUAGCACAAAUGGAUACCAUUUUGACAGUGACAACUCGGAAAAUAUUAUUUCGAAAUAUUUCUACCCAAGAAUAUCUUACAAAAAAUUCUCGUACGAUUCUUUCGAAAGAGAAAAGUAUGACAACUUGGUACUAGGUGGCAUGUGCUAUAUAUAUGACAAAAAGAUCAUUCUAAAUGAUUUUUACAAGGGUAUACAGACUUUGAGCAAAAAAAAGUACUACGAUUAUGAUAACGUGUUCAGUGUGUGCAUCAACAAUUAUCGACAACAGAUACUGAGGGGGUUCAAGCACGGCUUUGAUUUUUCUGUAAAUUUUAACAAUUUUUUCGAUAACAAAUUUGCCGACAUAGGUAGUAAUAAUGGGACAAAUGUGAAAGGGGGGGCUGUGAGUGGUAAUGCUAAACAGGAUUCUGCAGAUGAGAAUUUCCUGGUCGGCUGCUGCUUCGCUUUGGUUAUCCAUUCAAUGAAGAACCCCCUGCUUUACAAAACGGACGUGCUGCACAGCUCCUUGGGAUACUGGGGAUCUCUGGGGGAUUGCCUUUCUGUUGAAAUAAAAGUAAAAUUUUACGAAAAGGAGAAUGGCGCACAGGAGGAUGCUUCCUCGGAACAGCAAACAGGUAACCCUGUUCAGUAUGGGGACAACCACAACAAUGUAGUACUUGGCGAUGUCGAAGUGGAGGUCUCUCUCUACAUUGGGGGGAAAGGCAUAUCCUCCUUUGUCCACAACAGCAACAGCUACACAGUGGACUACGCCAGGGAGUCCAUCCUGAACAACAAACUUUGGGCAGACAAUGUAAACCACGAAAAGAAGAGGCUAUACGAAGAUAUGGAAAACGAUGAAGGUUACUUACGGAAGAGGAAUGCCAACAGUGCAGAUGCAGCAAAUCAGGAUGACCUGAUGAAUGAACAUGUGGAAGGAAAUUAUGACGAAGCUAUAAAACAACCGGUGCUGAAAAUACAGAGUAAUAAACAGACAUUUUAUAAUAUAAAUAAAAACACGUUAACAAAAUUCCGGGUGCGAAUUAACUGCCUGAAGCAUUCCUUUAGUGUGUACAUACAAAAACUGGAUGAAUAUAACCUCCAACUGAAUAACCCGAAAAAUAAAAUUAAGCCAAUUAUCCAUAUAAGAGCACUAGACAUGACGCAAGCCUUCACCCUCGACAUUGGAAAUGGCUACAUAGGAUUUUAUACCUGCCCCAUUUUAUUUAAACAUAAGUUGCUGAAAAAGAAGGACAAACUGAAUGAGUGGUUUAAACAGUUCUACAGUGAGACGCUGAAUGUCCGCUCGGCCAUUUACAAGAAGAAUUUUUUUAACAUGGGGGACGAAAAGAAUAAGGAAGCGAUACAAAACGAAAUGAGAAAUAUCAACAAAAUGAUUCUGUACAGAAAUGGGAAUAACCAGAAGAAGGGGAAAUUGGACCCAGAGAUGAUCAGCUGCAAUAGGGAUAAAAUGAAAAAUGCGCUUCUGUUCAGUUCUUAUGACUGCUCAGUGGAAAUAUACAAAUGGUUCCAUCAGUCUUACAAGUCCCCAAUAGAGAUUCCCGAAAUUGACAUAGACAACGAAACACUGAUAUUUUAUGACAAGCAGAUAAAUAAGAACAUACAAAUUCAUAGUGGACUGAACUUGUGGAAUAACAUAGAGAUAUAUUUCAAACUCACUUGGCCAAUAGCUCUGAUUAUCAAUACGAGUACCAUCUACACGUACAAUUCAAUUUUCCAGUUUCUUUUCCUCCUGGGCAGAAUUUAUUACAAUUUAAAAAUUUUAUGCUACCAUAAUAGAUAUUUGUAUAAGUAUUUGAAUUUUAAAAAAGGGAGGCUGUUAUUUUCUCACUUGUUUUCGAUUAGAUAUAAAAUGCAAUUUUUUUUUUUCCAUUUGAUUAAGUAUUUGCAAGAGGACAUCAUUAAUUACGAAUACAAGUUGAUGAUUACACAAAUUCACAAAUCGAAAGAUUUUGAGUACACCAAGUCGAUUCAUGACUUAUACAUUUCGCAGGUAGCCACCAAAUGCUUUUUACGGGUUCAAGAUAUAACGAACCCUUUGCUGGAGCUGAUAGACACGUCCUUCAAAUUUUGCUACUUUUUCCAGUGCCUAAUAGAAAACGAGUUGUUCACAGAUAUACUAAACUACGAACUCGUGGAUGAGCAGGAGAAAAACAAAACAAAAAAAGGAGACAUGGCAGAAGCAGACGACGAGCAACAUAAUGAUAACCAUGAAGAGAAGGAUAAUGAUUUAAAUCAAGUUAUUGAAAAGUUACUACAAUAUAAUGACACCUUUAAUGAAAAGCUAGUCAGUGUCAUGAAUGAAAUGGUCAACAUAAGCUCCAACAGCAACCACGCCUACCUUGUUCACUUUCUAACUACCCUAGAUUUUAACAAUUAUGUAACGAAGAUAAAGGACUCUGUGGCGAAUGCUAAAUCGGUUGGUGCUUCCCUAACAGAGAGCGGAACCCAAAAUGAGCAAAUGCAACAGGGCUCUCCGAUCGCGGGAAGUAAAUCGGACCUCGGCAACGCGGUGGGUAGCAGUCUAGUAAGCAGCAGCGUGGGUGAUAACAAACGGGACAGCAACAAAAGGGAUGACCAAAAAAUGGAGUACACAGGCAUUGAGAAUGUGAACUCGAGCGAUAAUUACUACGCAGGGGGGAAAGAAAAUUACGCGAACAGACUACUAAGUGGCCUAUCGCACCGCAACAGUGGGGUGGACUACACGAAUGAGGCGAACCAACUUGGUAGUAAUAAAGAUUUUUUAAAAAAGAGAGUAGUUAACAAGUUCAGCAAUUUGUUGCAUAGCGAUGUUGAGGAGAAGUGGGGCAUGCAGCGCAGCGGCAUAAACCAGUACAGCCGAAUCGGCAUGUCCGAAUCGGUAGACAAAAGCGUUUUAAAUGGAGUUCCCAGCCUCAGCCGCUACGGCAAUGUCGACAGCUACUACGGCAGCGGUAACGACGCCAACUAUGGGAAUGCCGGCAGCUACAUUCGCGGCGGUAUCGCCAAUAACAACUACAACGCGUUAAUUGACAAGUACUCAAACAUAUUGAACAGUUACAUGAACAACAACGGAGGCAGUAACUCCGUUUACCAGAUUUCUCAGAAUUAUAUAAACAAUACUCACGUGGACUCGUACAACGCAUCGUUAGAUGUCGCGAAAUUGAGGCACAUAGGUGACGCUUCCCAUGUGGUAGACGCCGGCAACGCGGGUAACCCGAUCAGCAUGGGCACUGUCCCUGGUGUCUCCAAUUUUAAUGUGCACAGUUUAGACGCAGGAAUGAACAACAACAAUAAUGUACCAGGUUAUGAAAACAGCCUGACAAGCAACAUGAGCAAUCUCCUGCGCAAACUCGACGUAAACAGCAAAUUGAACUUGAAUAGCAAACUCGACUUGGAUAGCAAAUCCAACUUCAGUCAAAAUUUGUUAGGCCCUAACCACGAUGCGCACGGCAAGGCGUCGGCCGAUUUAAACAGCCUCCACGAUUUAAACAUUAAGCAGAAUUUCAACGUGCAAAAUUUGCUGGACAACUACAACUACAGCUAUAAGGGCUUCUCUGAAAACGGCUCCUUCACUAGCCAUAACUUGGACAAGCUCGGCAACGAUAAUAAUCUCACGUCCCAUAUGUAUAACCUCUCCAGUGAGUCUAAUUAUGGCAACAUCCCCCUAAAUGUGUAUCGAAAUGAAAAUAACAACAUAAGUGAACCGGAUCGAGAAAAGUAG